AUUUCUAUAUUUUCAAGAUAUUGAUGCAUAUAAAGCAACCCAGACUCUUCAUUCUUAACAACAGCUGCAUGCAACCCAUACUCUUCAUUCUUUAAUAUAAGGACUUGAGAUUUCGUUAUUUGUUUCUUGUUAGGAGUGUCUGUGACCAUGCCUUUCAUCCAACUUAACUACUCCUACAUUCCAAUGGACAAGGCGUCAUCAUCAACUAAAAGCACCCCGGAUUUCUCAUUGUCUUGUUUUGUCAGUGUCCUUUUAUUUGAUUUAAUUCCCAGCUGGAUAAGUAGCACCCAAAGUCUUUUGACAAGAUUUUGGUCUUCUCUCCAAUGCCAAGAUUCCCAAGCACUCGAUGUCGCCAAAUCAAAGGUUUGGGCUGAGAAGAAGAAUUCAGAUUUUGUUCUGAGUCAGCAGCAUACUUGCUCAAGCGAAAAUAAAGAUGAUAGCAGCUUGAGCAGAGGAGAUGCGGCAAUGGUCAUGCAAAGAUUGGGAAUUGUGUGCAGCCCAGAAGGCGAUGAACUUCAAGAGAGGCUCAGUUCCAAUGAGCUUUCAGGGCUGUUUGAUGAGAAGGAACCAAGUUUGGAGGAGGUGAAGGAAGCUUUUAAUGUUUUUGACGAGAACAGGGAUGGGUUUAUUGAUGGAAGGGAGCUGCAGAGAGUUCUCUGUAUUUUGGGUUUGAAGGAAGGAGAGGAUUUGGCCAACUGCAACAAAAUGAUCAGGGCAUUAGAUGAAAACGGUGAUGGAAGAAUAGAUUUCAACGAAUUUAUAAAAUUCAUGGAGAAUAUCUGAAUAUUUAUUUUUCUUUUACUUGCAGCUUAUCUUGUGUAAUUCGCUAGUUGAAUAAUUGAUUUUUACAUAUCAGCUAUGUGCUAAAUGUUUCGCGA